UCUGCCAGUCAGUCAGUCACCAUCCGCAGUCAGCCAGUUCAGCCAGCCAGUCUGCCAGCCAGUCUGCCGUCACCAGCAGUCCUGCCACCCCCGCCGUCAUGUCAGUCUUCCAGCCAGCCAGUCUGGCCAGCAGUCAGUCAGUCUGCCAGCCAUCAGUCAGCCAGUCCAGUCAGUCUGCCAGUCAGUCAGUCCCUGCCAGUCAUCAGUCUGCCAGUCAGUCGUACUGUCCAGUCAGUCAGUCUGCAGUCCUGCCAGUCUGCCAGUUUCACCAUUCUGCCAGUUUCUUCCAUCUGCCAGUCCUGCAGCGCCAGUCUGCCAUCUGCCAGUCAGCCAUCUGCCAGUUCUGCCAGUCUCCAGUCAGCCAUCAGCCAGUCAGCCAGUCAGUCAGUCUGCCAGUCAGCCUGUCGGCCAGUCAGUCCAUCAGUCUGCCAUCUGCCAUCUGCAGUCAGCAGUCGUCUGCAUUCAGUCAGCCAGUCUGUUGCCCUUCAGCCAUUCCGUCGCCAGUCACCAGUCAUUCUGCCAUCAUUCAGCCAUCUGCCAGUCACCAUUCAUUCUGCCAGUCUGCCAGUCUGCCAGUCCGUCAGUCUGCCCAGUCUGCCAUUCUGCCCAGUCGUCAGUCAUGUCUGCCCGUCAGUCAUCUGCAGUCUGCCAGUCGCAGUCCAGCCAGUCAGCCAGUCAGCCACCAGCCAGCCAGGCCAGCCGCCAGCCAGCCAGCCACCGUCCGCCAGCCAGUCGCCAGUCACAGCCAGCCAGUCGCCAGCCAGUCACCAGUCAGCCAUCAGCCUUCAGCCCUCCGCCCGCCAGCUCAGUCAUGCAGCCAGUCGAGCCCUUCAGUCAUCCAGUCAUUCCGUCAUUCGUUCAGUCCAGCCAGUCCUGCGCAGUCAGUCAGUCAGUCUGCCAGUUCCAGUCAGUCCGUCAGUCUGCCAAGUCAUCAGUCAGUCAGUCUGCCAGUCCACCAGUCCAGUCAGUCAUCCAGUCAGUCCCAGUCGGCCCAGUCCAUCAGUCUGCCAGUCCGUCAGUCCCUUCCAUUCAGUCAGUCUUCCAGUCUCAGUCUGCCAGUCCAGUUCGAGUCGCCAGUCCAGUCAUCUGCCGUCAUCAGUCUGCAGUCCAGUCUUCAGCCAGUCAUCCAUCCAAUCAGUCAGCCAGCCAGCCAGCCAGCCAGCCAGCCAGCCACCAGCCCCAGCCAGCCCUCCAGUCAGUCUGCCAGUCUUGCCAGUCAUCAGCCAGCCAGUCAUCUGCCAGUCCAGCCCGCCAUCUGCAGUCCAGUCAGUCAUCCUGCCAGUCCUGCCAGUCCUGCCAUUCUGCCAUCUGCCAUAGUCUGCCAGUCCGUCUUGCAGCAGUCCUGCCACCAGUCUGCCAGUCACCAGUCAGCCAUCCAUCAGCCAGUCAGUCAGCCUCCGUCAUUCAUCAGUCAGUCGCGUUCUGCCAGUCCAGUCAGUCAUCCUGCCAGUCAAUCAUCGUCAGUCUGCCAGUCAGUCAGUUCAUCAGUCUGCCAGUCCAUCUGCAGUCAUCAUCCCUGCCAGUCAGUCUGCCCAGUCAGUCGUCCUGCCAGUCAGAUCUGCCUGCCAGUCCAGUUUUCUGUCUGCCAUUCGUCAGUCAUCCAUCAGUCAGUCUGCCAGUCAAGUCAAGUCCUGCAUCCGUCAUUCCUGCCAUCAGUCAGUCUGCAGCAUCAGUCUGCCAUCAGUCAGUCUGCCAGUCAUCGUGUGCCAUCAUCAGUCUGCCAUCCAGUUCAGUCAGCCCUCAUUCCCAGUCAGCCAGUCAGUCAGUCUGCCAGUCAGUCAGUCCGGCCAGUCAUUCAGUCGCCAGUCAGUCAUCCAGCCAGUCAUGUCAUCGUCCAGUCAGUCGGCCAGCCAUCAGUCCAGUCUGCCAGUCAAGUCUUGCAUCCAGUUCAGUCAGUCUGCAGUCAGUCUGCCAGCCGUCAGUCAGCCCUCAUUCAUCCAUCAGUCGGCCAGUCAGUCUGGUCAGUGUCCAUCAGCCAUUCAGUCUGCCAGUCCAGUCGCCAGUCAUCUGCCAGCAGUCUGCCGUCAGUCUUCCAUUCAUUCGUCCAGUCAGUCCUGCCAUCAGUCUUCCAGUCGUCUGCCAUCAUCUGCCAGUCCUGCCAUCCAGUCUGCCAGUCUUCCUGCCAGUCUGCCUGCCAGUCGUCUGCCUGCCAGGCUGCCUGCCAGUUCACCUCCAGUCAGUCUGCCUCCAUUCUGCUGCCAGUCCAGUCAUCUCCAGCCAGUCCUGCUGCCAGUCAGUCAUCAGCCAGUCAGUCGCCGUCCUGCCAGUCUGCCAGUCUUGCAUCUUCCAGUCGCCAGUCCCCCUGCCAUCAGUCAUCAUUCUUCCAUCAGUCAGUCUGCCAGUCUGCAGUCAGCCAGUCCAGCCAGUCAGCCAGUCAGCCUUCGCCAGCCAGUCUGCAGCAUUCUGCCAGUCAGCCACAGUCAGCCAGCCAGUCUGGCCAGCCAGCCACCAGUCGUAAGUCUGCCAUUCAGUCAGUCUCCAUCAUCCCUCUGGCAAGUCAGUUCAGUCUGCCAGUCAGUCAGUCUGCCAGUCAGUCAGUCUUCCAAUCAGUCAUCUGCCGUCGUUCAGUCUGCCAUCAGUCAGUCUGGCCAGUCAUUCCAUCGUCAGCCAGUCAGCCAGCCAGUAGUCAGCCAGGCCAGCCAGCCAGCCAUCCAGCCAGCCAGCCCAGCCAGCCAGCCGCCAGCCAGGCAUCAGCCAGCCCAGCCGUCUGCCAGUCUGCCAGCCAGCCACCCGCCAGUCAGUCCUGCCAUCUGCCAGUCGCCAGCCAGCCGUCAGUCUGCCAGUCUGCCAUCAGCCAGCCAUCCAGUCAGUCUGCAAGGCAGCAAGCCACUGCCAGUCAGUCAUCUGCCAGUCUGGCCAGUCAGCCGUCUGUCAGCGGGUCAUGUCAGCCAGUCAGUCAGAUCGUCAGUCAGUGUGCCCAGUCAGCCAGCCAUUCUGCCAGCCAUUCUGGCCAGUCUGCAUCAGUCAGAGUCAUUCUUGCCAGUCUGCCAGUUCAGUCCUGUCAGUCCUGUCAUUCAGGAGUCAUCAUUCAGUCCGGCAGUCAUUCAGUCAGUCUGCCCAGUCUGUCAGUCUGGGUCUGCCAGUCAUUCUGCCAGUCUGCCAGUCAUCCUGCCCGUCUGCCAGUUCUGCCAUCUGCCAUUCUGCCAGUCUGCCAUUCAGCCAGUCAUCCGUUCAGCCAGUCAUCCAGUCAGCCAGUCUGCCAGUCUGCCCGUCUGCCAGUCUCCAUUCUGCCAGUCCUGCCGUCAGCCAUCAGCCAGUCAGCCAGUCCGUCUGCAGUCGCCAGUCAGUCUGCCAGUCUGCCGUCCUGCCAGUCUGCAGUCUGCCUUCAGCUGCCAGUCCUGCCGCCAGUCUGCCAUUCCCUGCCAGCCAUUCAAGCCAAUCAGCCCAGUCAGCCGUCAGCCAUCAGCCAGUCAGCAGGCUGCCAGUCUGCCAGUCGCCAUUCUGCCCAGCCCCCCACCCUGCCAGUCAUAGCCAGUCUCGUCUGUGCCAGUCAGUCAGCCAGCUGCCAGUCUGCCAGUCAGUCAGCCGUCCUGCCAGUCGCCAGUCAGUUCAGCCAGUCUGCCAGCUGCCAUUCAGUCAGCCAGUCUGCCAUCAGUCUUCCAGUCCCAGUCAGUCUGCCAGUCAUCACCAUGUCUGCCAGUCAAUCCAGUCAGUCUGCCAUCGUCCAUUCUGCCAUCAGUCAGUCCCAGUCUGCCAUUCUGCCAGUCAGUCAGUCAUCUGCCAGUCAGUCGUCUGGCCAGUCUGCCAGUCAGCCAGGUCCGCCAGUCAGCCAUCAGCCAGCCAUCCUGGCCACCAGUCUGCCAUCAGCCAGCCAGUCAGCCAGCCAGUCUGCCAGCCACCCAGUCUGCAGCCAGCCAUCGCAGCCAGCCAGUCUGCCAGCCAGUCAGUCAGUCUGCCAGCCGCCAGUCUGGCCCAGCCAGUCAGUCAGUCUGCCACCCAGUCAGUCCUGGCAGCGUCCAGUCUGGCAGCCAUCCAAUCCAGCCAGCCAGCCAGCCAGCCAGCCACCAUACAGCCAGCCAGUCGCCCGUCAGCCACCAGCCAGUGCAGCCAGCCAGUCAUCCAUCAGCCAGCCAGCCAGUCAGCCAGUUCAGCAGCCAGCCAUCAGCCAUCAGUCAGCAGUCAGUCAGCCAGUCAUUUCAGUCAGUCGUCAUCAGCCAGUCUGCCAUUCAGUCCAGUCAGUCUGCCAGUCAGUCGUCAGUCAUUCUGCCAGUCCAGUCAGUCAGUCAGUCUGCCAGCAGUCAGGCUGCCAGUCAGUCAGGCUGCAGUCAGGUCAGUCUGCCAAGGGGGGGUCAGUCUGCAGUCAGUCUGCCAGUUCAGUCUGCCAGUCUGUCAGUCAGCAGUCUUUCAGUCAGCCAGUCUGCCAAGUCAGCCAGUCUGUCAGUCCUGCCAGUAUGCAGUCCGCCAGUCCUGUCAGUCUGACAGUUCUGCCAGUCAGCAAGUCUGCCAGUCUGCCAGGCUUGCAGUCAGCCAGUCUGCCAGUCCAGCCAAGUCUGCCUGUCAGCCAGUCUGCCAGUGCCAGUCGGUCAGUUGUCGUCAGCAGUCUUGUCAGUCCAGCCAGUCGCCGUCAGCCAGUCGUCAGUCAGCCAGUCUGCCAGUCAGCCCAGUCUGGGGGGGCCCCAA